CUGUUGUUUAGUAAUUUUUAUUAUGGUAAAAAAUGGACGCGUGAAGUGGAAUUUGCAAAAAUACUAAAAAAAAAUAAUUAAUUGCAAAUAAAACAAAGUCAUAAUAUGCUAAAGUAAAAAGUGAAAACACAAAAUUACAUUGUUAUAUACGUAAAAAGUUUAGAUUAUUGCAAAAGAAAAUAAAAAAAAUCAAUUUUUUCCGUGACGCAGAAGAAAAGAAUGUAUUGCAUGCGUUGCACAAAGAAAAUGGGAAAAUUUUUCUUAGAAUAAAUCUAUAUUGAGGAAAAGUUAAGCUGAAUAUAUUGAAUAGAAAACAAAAGCAAACGUAAAUAAUAAAUUUAUUGUAAAUUGCGCGCUUAGUGUGUGUUUUUUUUUAUAUUGUUAACGAGGCGGCCAAAUAAAAUCGAUUUUUGUAUGAACUUCGGCAAAAUUGUCUUGUAGUGGGAAAAAAAAUUAUUUGUACUACGUCCUGAUAUCGACGUAGGGAAGUGGCGCGCAAUGUCGAAUAUUGUUGAAAUAACUCAUGUGACGUCCUCAAAGUCGCAACAAGAGCAACAACAACAGCAGCAGCAAAAAUUACAAUUACAUGUAACAACAACAACAAUGAAUACAAAAAUAAAUAAUGAACAUAUAGCCGGUGGUAAUAUUGCUGCCGCUUAUGAAAAUAAUAAAGUAAAAGAACCUCCUCCACCUAUAAUGGGGAAAUCAGUUAAAGUGAUAGAGGAGAAGUUAGAAAAUCCUAUUAAUAAAAACGAACAAAAGAUAAUAGAAAAACAAUUGCAGCCAGAUAAGUCCUCUCUCACAGCUAAGGACACAAAAACAAUAACAAUGGUUAAUACGGUAACAUUAACUAAUGUUGAACAACAACGUAAUUCUGUUAAAACGAACUCAACUUCAUCUGCCACUACUCCUUUAAAGGAACGCAGUAGUGGUGACAAAGAGAAAUCUCACAAAAAGAAGAAAAAAGAAAAAGAUCGUGACAAUGAUCGGGAACGUGACAAAGAUCGUGCUGAUCAAACGAAAAAAUCCAAAGAAAAAGACAAAUUAUCUUCAUCAUCUGAUAAAAGUGUUCAUCAUAAAAAAGAUAAAGAUAAACACAAAUCACAUUCUUCUUCAUCUUCAUCUAAGAGCAGCACAGAUCGUUCUAGCUCUAAAUCAAGUUCUAAAGAGAGUCAUGUUUCUAGUAGUAAAAUGGCAGGAAAUGGUUCUAGUUCUAGCUCUACUUCCAAAGUGAAAUCUAGCAGUAGCAGCAAUACAAACACCAUCAGUAGUGCCUUUACACCAAAGUUGUCAUCAAGCUCCGCCAAUGAGGACAAAGAGAAGAUGUCACUAUCCCAAACAUCAGCAGUGGAUUCUAGCAAAGAAUCCAGCCACCGUAGACGAAGUUCCGAAAGUAGUAAGACAAGUCAAAGCAGUACUAUAAAGGUGACAUCAUCUGAAAAUCAUCUUUUACCCGACAAAGUGAAUGAUGCGGAGAAGACCAUUUCUAUAGUUACAACUGUAACAAAUAUCCCAACAAUUGCUAAACAAAAUGACAUAUCAUUAAAGGAGAAAAAUGAGACAGCAGCAACAGUAAUAGAAAGAAAACUUGUUGUGGAAAAUCAAAAAACCGAAAUAAAGAAAAUUGUCUUAGAAGACAAGAAAGAUGAAAUGAACACCUUAACACAAGAGAAACAAUCCCUUAAAACUAACAAAUCUUUAGGUGAUAUAACAGCGAUAGAAUCUUCACCCUUAAAAUUGAAAUUAAAAGAUGAAAAUCUAAUUGAAAUCAAAAAGGAAAACAAUGAACAAGUUUUUAAAAGUCUCGUUAUGAAAAAACCCAAUGAAGUUGCAAGACAAUUAAAUUUUAACAGUGAAAAUAAAUUUGACAAUGGCAAUACUACUACUACUCCCUUAACAAAAGUUGAAACUUUAAAAUCCGUUGAAUUAAUAAAAACAGAAAUAAAAUGCGAAAAAACAGAAAAAGAAGAAGUAAAACUUAAACCACAACAAACAAUAAAUAACGAAACAAAAAUAAAAAUUGAAACAAUAAUAAUGCCUUCACCAUCUCAAAAGACUUUCGUUACACCCACUUCCUUAAGUCAAGGCUCAGUAGCAACAUCACAAACUUUCAAUAGUAAUCAUCAGUCAUUGGCUCAUAAUGUAGCUCCUACUGUACUGACCAGUAACGCAAUGACAGUUUCAUCUACUUCUACAACUUCUUCCUCUACUUCUACUUCCACUACGACUUUAAACUCAAUCUCUUCAACGUCUUCAUCAUCACAUUCGGCCACAUCAUCAAGACGUUCUUCUUCCGGCAGCAGUAGUCAUAAUCACCAUCAUCAUCGCUCUUCAAUGUCAUCAUCUUCUUCAUCAUCCAAUAAACACAGUAGUAGUUUAAAUUCAUCCUCUUCUUCGUCGUCGUCACGUAGUCGGGAAUGUUCUCGUUGUUAUAAACGAUCAAAGAUACGACGUGUCAGUGUGGGCACACAAAGUGCAAAACAUGCACCAGCACCAAAUAUCACACGUACCAGUCGCAACAAUAAUCAUAUACCAGUGGGACUGGAGCAUCUUAAAUAUGGUCAGUACUUUGAAGUGGAAGUAUAUCCAAAUGGUGGUGCUUCAGUAGUACAUUUAUAUCAAGAUGAAAUACAAAAUCUUUCACCCGAUGAAAUGGAUGAAUUAGUUAAUGAAUUUUUUGAAAUUUGUUUUGCUGAAGAUGAAGAAGGUUAUGCUCAUCAUGUUAUGGGCAUUGUACAUGAUGCAGCUAAAUAUUUGCCCGAUUUACUUGAACAUAUGGCAGAAAACUAUUCAACGUUAACGGUUAAGGCGGGAGUUUUAGGACGAAAUUCUGAUAUAGAAACCUGUACAAUGGCACAAUAUUAUGAACAGGUGGUGCGUAAUUAUUCCCAAGGUACUUUUCGUUAUGGUCCUCUUCAUCAAAUCAGUUUAGUGGGUAAAGUACAUGAAGAAGUUGGAGGCUAUUUUCCUGAUUUAUUAGGACGCAUAGAAGAAAAUCCAUUUUUAAAAAAGACAAUGCCUUGGGGUCCUUGUUCAAUAUUACAAACUGAUCCCCGACUUUCCAAUGAUGGUCCCAUUUUAUGGAUACGUUCUGGUGAACAGUUAGUACCAACAGCUGAGUUAAACAGUAAAACUCCCAUGAAAAGACAAAGGACACGUAUCAAUGAAUUGCGUAAUUUGCAAUAUUUACCACGACUUUCGGAGGCUCGUGAAACAAUGAUUGAGGAUCGCACUAAAGCCCAUGCUGAUCAUGUGGGUCAUGGUCAUGAACGUAUAACAACAGCUGCUGUUGGCAUUCUUAAAGCAGUUCAUUGUGGUCAAACUUACGAACAGAAUCGUAUUACCAAAGAUGUUGUAGCUUUUGCAGCACAAGAUUUUAAUCAAUUGGUGGAAACAUUACAACUCGAUUUACACGAACCGCCCAUUUCACAAUGUGUCCAAUGGAUUGAGGAUGCUAAACUAAAUCAAUUGCGACGAGAUGGCAUACGUUAUGCUCGUAUUAAAUUAUGUGAUAAUGACAUUUACUUUUUGCCGCGUAAUAUAAUACAUCAAUUUCGUACCGUAACGGCAGUAACCAGUGUUGCUUGGCAUUUGCGUUUACGUCAGUAUUAUCCAGGCCAAGAAGUUAUAAAUGAAAAAAAUAAUCCCGUUUUGGCAGAACCGCCACAAUAUAAGGAGAAACAAACCAUAUUACCACAUCCCAUAACACAUGAUGAGGCCAAGAAAACCUAUUGCAAACGUACGGCAGAGGGUAAAGCUAAGAAAAAACUUAACGAUGUUGGCGGUCUAAGUAGACGUUCCAGUGAAAGUGGCACCGAUGAUUCGAGCAAUACGCUCAAAGAUGAAACUAAAUUGGAUGUAUCACCGGCCAAAAAGAAACUAACUAAAGAGGAACCCAAAAUAGAUAUGAGAAAAAUGGUUAUUGAACACAAUUUAAUCAAUAAAGUGGUGGCUAAAAUUGUAUCCUUACCACCCAACGAGAAUCCCAAAGGUGUUAACAAUAGUGUUAAUCAGACCAAUAGUGGACGUAAAGAGAAAAAGGAAAAACGCAAACAUAAGGAAGAAGGUGAUAAAAGUGAGAAAAAGAAUAAGAAUACGGAGACAUCUAAGAGACCCAAAAUGUCUUCAAUACAUGAAUUAACUACAAACUCCACAGCAGCAAUACCUCCCACACAAAAUGUUUUGGUAACAAAUGCUAUAGCAACAACAACAACAACAACAACAGCAACAACAACAUCAACACCCACAAAACAUAAAACCAAUUUACCCGAACCAAUAGUGCCUCCUGCUUUAUCUUUGCCUUUAGUACCUCCAAAUCCUUUUACACACCGAGAAGCUUAUGUAAAUAGUCUAAAUCAAAAGGAACCAGAAAUUAAAAUACAGGUACAAAUUGUAUCCGAUGAACCACGUAGUUGUUCUACAGCCGUUCCUAAUCCUCCCAUAACACCUAAAAAACCAACCACAACAACAACAACAACAACAACAUCUAACUCCUUAACUCUUAAACAAGCAGAGACGACGGCGUUAGUAACUUCUAUGCCAUUAACAACAGCUUUAGAAGUUUCAGCUGCAGUAACAGCAGCUCAGCAACAGCAACAACAGCAUCAUAUAAUCAAUAGUGUUGAAGAAGCCUUAACACCAGCGCUGAUGACAGAAGAUGUUUUACUUUCACAGCCUCAACUUGUUGUUGAUCACGAAGAAGAGGUUACAAUAUCCGAAGCAAUUGAUACUACGACAGCGCUAGUAGCAGCAGCACCAACAGCACCAGCUCCUCCUUCAGCUCCUGUAACAAUUGUCAAUUUUCCACCCAUACCAACUGUUGGCGCUCCACCACAACCUGCUAUACCUCCCUUGCCGCCACUACCACCACCACCUCCUCCCAUACAAAUGCCUCUACCACCACCAACACCACCUCCCACAGCAAACACUGAACAUACCCCCAAAAAACAUAAUGUGCAAGUGAAAAAUACCAAAGUUUCGACUUCGACCCAUACAAACUCCUCCACAUCCUCUUCAACGUUAACAAAAUCACACAAAUCUACUAAUAGUUCUAAAAACAAUAGCAGCAACAAACAAAAUAUGAAAUCUCCCAUAGAUCUCUUAAGUUCUAUUAUGGCCAGUAUGGAUACAAAAAAUAUAACAAAUACAACUAAUACUACCACACAAUCGAAUUCAUCGUCAUCAUCAUCAUCAUCCUCGUCAUCAUCUUCGGCCACCACCACCUCAACCAUCAUUGGCUACACAACACCCACUAAUUAGAUAGAUGAUAGAGAGUCUGGUAUUCAAAUGUCUAAAGGUUGGGUGGAAAAUUGUAUAUAAAUUGUAAUAUGAUAUCACAAACAAAAAAACAAAAUGCAUCAAAUGCAUUGUGUAUACAUACAGACAUACAUACACACAUACAUACUUAUUUAUAUUUGCUGUGGCAACAAUUUAAAUAUUAAGAAAAAGCGUUCGUUUUAGUAUAAUUUACACUUUCUUAAGCAGCCUUUGGAAGCAAACAAACCAAGUGUUCUGUUCUACGGUAGAUUACCCUUGUUUUCUGUCUUGGUAAGCUUUUUAACAUUUCAGUUUGAUGGCUUAACUUAGGCACUCGUUAGACAUUAAAGACUCUAGUUAUGUUUCGGGUCCCAUGUCAACAAAAUUGUGAAAUAUUUUAUUGUAUUCUAAACUUGUUAUUAAGCUCCUAGUAUUGACGUAGAAGUCACUGGUUUAUAGAAACUAAUUCCUUAAAAUUUUAUAAAAAAAAUUCCAAGUAUUAAAUCAUUUUAAACUUUGGCAAAGUAUAAAGAUGAUGCAAAUCCAUAAUAUUUUCGAAAAAUUACCUUUUACUUUAAUGUUUAAAUUGUUGCUUCUGUAUAAAUAUUUAUUAUUAUUUUUAUUUUUUGGUAUUUUCUCUUACAUAUAUUUAUUAAGAAGUUAUAAUAUUAUUGAAGAAAAAAUGCAAAAAAUGCAAAAAAAAAAAUUAACAUAAAUUUUUAUUUUAAGUUUUCGGCUCGCAAUUGAUGAUUCCCAGAACUUUGUUCAUUUUGCUACAUACACAACUUUAUAGCAUAAGAGUUAUAUAAAACAAAACAAAAAUAUAUUAUAUACAUAUAGUAUAUAUUUAACAUAACCUCAUCUUUUCUUUUGUAUAAGUUCUAAAUAUUUCUGAUUAAAAAAAAAAAAAAAAUUGUAAAAAUA